GGGGGAUGUCAGUCCAACCUCCAGCAUGAUUGUUCAGAGUUGUUUAGAGACUGAAAUGGAGCAGACCAACAGCGCGAAGCUGUCGUAGAGUAUAUGACAGAACGUUAACAAUAUUCAGGUUAUCUUUUUUUUUACGAGUUCUGUUUUUAAAGUCACCCGUUUUUAAUCUUUAAUGUUGUACUUGAACAAGAAGAAAUGGAGCCGAUAACGAAGUGGACGCCGAAGCAAGUUGUUGACUGGAUGAGAGGUUUGGAUGACAACCUGCAGCAGUAUGUUGGUAACUUCAAGAGGGAGAAGAUCAGUGGGGAGCAGCUGCUGAAGAUAUCACAUCAAGACCUGGAGGAGCUUGGUGUGGCGAGGAUUGGACACCAAGAGCUUGUCCUGGAAGCAGUUGAUUUGCUUUGUGCUUUGAACUAUGGGUUGGAAACCGACAACUUGAGGAGUCUGGUUGCAAGGAUGAGGGCUGCGACCAACAGUCUGUACACGGCUACAGCAGAUCGCAGGAAAAGUCCAGAGUAUGAUGGAACCAUUUCUCGAAAGCCACCCAAUGACUUCCUUACCAUGGUGGUGGAGCUGAUCGGCGUAGCAAAAAGCCUCCUGGCAUGGCUCGACAGGACUCCCCUUACAGGGAUUAGUGACUUCACAGCCACUAAAAACACCAUCAUCCAGCUGUGCCUGGAGCUCACCACCACAGUUCAGCAGGACUGCAGUGUUUAUAUGAUGGAAGAAAAGAUCCUGGAAGUUUCUAAAACUUUGAACAGUAUUUGUGAUCAGACCGUGAGAACCACAUCCGACCCCCUGAUGAGCCAGUCAACCUGCUUGGAGGAGGUCCAGCUAUCCAACAUCAAGCCAGACGAGGGGCUGGGCAUGUACAUAAAGUCCACCUAUGAUGGAUUACACGUCAUCACUGGGACCACUGAACACUCUCCUGCAGAUUUAUCUAGAAGGAUCCAUGCUGGGGAUGAAGUUAUCCAAGUCAACCAGCAGACAGUGGUGGGCUGGCAGCUUAAAAACCUGGUGUUGAAACUGAGAGAGGACCCCAAAGGUGUGGUGCUAGUGCUUAAGAAGAGGCCCUCAGGAACACCUGGUUUCACCCCCGCCCCGCUCAAAAACAUGCGCUGGAAGCCUCCUGUACCUCAGAAUAAUUCCUCACUGAUCAGAGCCCAGUCUCCCUGUAGCUCAGCUAAUGGGUCGACCAAAAGGGAGAAGCCAGCAAUCCUGGAUUUUUACAUUCCUCCUCCUCCUCAAGUGCCGUACACUCCACGGGAAAUGAGAGCAGACACUGUCUCCAGCAUAAAUAAAAGACCAAAGGGCUCAGAGUCGCCCAACUCCUUCCUGGACCAGGAGGGCAGAAGACACGGCUCCAUCACAGAUUACGACAAGUUAAAUCCGGGCCGUCCCACUGAUGCCGGCAUGAUGCAGCCCAGGAUGAGGGAGCACAAGCCUUCACGUGGUAAACCUCGGCCGCUGUCGAUGCCUGUGGAUGCAUGUGUCACCGUGGCUGAUUCCUACGUCAAGCCCUGGGCACAGGCAAGGAAAGGUGAAGACCCCCUGUACCGAUACAUGAGUAACGAGCGAAUCCCCACCAUUGCUGAGGAGGUCCUUUCAGGAUCUCCCUCCUUCAGGCCUGCGGGGGGGCGUCACCUGGUCCGCGUGGAUCACAUCCGAGGAAACCGCUUCUACUCCAACACGGACCUCCACAACAGCUCCACCAUUCCCUACCAAGAAGACAUAAAAAAGGCCCCCGUGGCCCCCUUCUCCAGGCGCAAGUCAGCAGAGCGCUCCCUACUGGACUCCGCUUGGUUCUCUAGCAGUGACUUUCUAAACAGAUACAAUCAGCAAAAUCUUCGAUCCUGGUCCUUCUCUCAAGCAGCUGCCUUCCCACUAUCGGUGUCGAAUCGAAUGGCUGCUGAUGACUACAACCCGGUCUCUCUCCGCCACAAGUCCAAGAAGAAGAGCCAAAGAGGCAAUGUUACCAUGAGCAGGAGACGGAUCUCAGUCAAACAGCUGGGUCAGCCAGAUCACCAGGGCUGGCUGUACAGGAAGAAAGAAAGCAAAGGCUUCCUGGGCAUGAAAUGGAAAAAGUACUGGUUUGUGUUGAAGAAGACGGCUCUCUACUGGUACACCAACCAGCUGGCGGAGAAGGCUGAGGGAUACAUUGAUCUCACCAACUUCGUGGUAGACGUGGCCAUAGAGUGCAGGAAGAAAUAUGCCUUCAAAGCUUGCCAUCCUCAGGUCCUGAUGUUUUAUUUUGCCGCUGAGAGUCAGGAGGACAUGAGCCUGUGGCUGAAUAAACUUGGGCUUGCCUCCAUUCAAUACGAAGCACCAAGACAGAAUGCAGCAACAGAGUGUUACAGUGAAGCAAGUGACCACGAAGAAGCUGAAAGCACAGAGAUCCCGCCGCCACCGUAUUCUGAGCAGACGCUGCAGGACUCUGUUGAUGCCCCCAGUCAACCUGGAACCACGCAUCAGGGCUCACUUCCUCCACCUUACUCUUCAACGGCCUCCAGCAAAACCAACGGGUCCCCCUCCUCCCCUAUUAGCACAAUGACAUCAGAGAGCUCUGCCUCUUCAGUCAGUAAGCAGCGGCAGUCCUGGUCAGACGUCAAUUCGCAGUCCCCGCCUCCGGCUGGGGAAACUGCAGUGGUGUGUCAGGUCCAGGUGCACUUACAUCAAGCCCCACAAGAGGCAGCAGAAGACGACAGAGAAGAAGAAGAAGAAGACAGGCCUUUAGAGAACUCGGUCCUCCAGAAUUUCUCAAAAUCUUCUGGACCCAAGGAGGAAAGCUCCACAGCAGAUCAACAGGGGGAUGUUGUAGCGGCCCCAGACAACAGAGAUGAUGGAAACAACUCCGAUGAGAUGGAGAAGCUGUACAUUCAUCUGAAAGAGGCAAGCCUUUCACCCAUAGGAGACCGUAAGCCGUCCACCAAAAGAGAAUUCCGGGCAUCCUUCGUAAAACGCUGUAAAAACAAGAACAUCAACGAAAAGCUGCAUGUGAUGAGGGUGCUCAACAGCACAUUAAAGUCAAAGGAGGCUGACUUACAAGCAAUAGAGCAAAUUUUGUCAGACGCAGAUCUUAACUCUGAGAAGUUCAAAGAGUGGAAGGAAGCCAAUGCGCCCUUGGUGCAGGAAAUCCGCAUCAAAUUGGACCAGCAGGGGGCAUCAGAGGCUGUAAAUCCUGCAGCAUCAACCAUUGCUGCACAGGUGGUAGAGACUAGUAUUUAAACUCCUGCUAUUAUCACUGUUUUUACUUGUGAGACUGGAUGGACUAAGAUGGUUGGAAUAAACUCAUUGCUGUUAUUUAGACCCCCCCUCCCCCAAAAGUCUGGAUCUAAAAAGACAGUUAUGUUUUUCUAUUGUGAUGCUUGUCCAGCGUUAUCCUAGAUUAAUAAAAUGUGAGUUUUCCUAGUAUUGUCCUAAUCAUUCACAGCUAGGUGUGCUUAUUCCACGAAUGAUGGCUUUACAUUCAAAUUUACAAUAAUAAAUAUUUAAAUCUGUUACAAGGAAAUAGUUGUUGAUAGAUUUUUUUUUAGCUUUUCUUUUUUGGCAGAAAAAUGUUUUUAACAGUUCAUUAUAUUUGGUGCCGUGCAUCACUGAUGCCUGUUACACGUUUCACUGUUUUUGUGAGAUUUGGCAGUGACAAACUCAUGCUGAUCAGCAGGACUUUUAGACUGAACGGGAGAACCUGCCUUAACUGAUUGAAUGUGGGUGAUAAAUCAAGAUAUUUAUUUUCAUUUUUGCAUUUUGGGAUGUCAAGGUGUCAUUGUUUUCAUGGAAACGUUAAAUGAAACAAAACGUGCCAAUUUCAUUUAUAAGACUACACUAAACUUUACAUUUUUUGAGCCAUUUUAACUGCAAGCCUUUGUCCCACUGUUUUUAUUCCAAGUGUUACAAGCCUUAUCUCUAGUUUUGUAAAAAAUUAAGUCAAGGUGGAUUUGUAGCAGUGUUAGUCAGCAUUUUUUUGCAAAAAGCUUGGCAUGUUAAUUAUGGAACAAGAGCAAACCACUGUUACCGUUCCGAUAUGCUGUAGUCCUAACAAUAUGGUGACUCCAUCGGAAUGGGUUAAAUCCUGGGUCAAAUUAAUAGUUGUUUGGUUCCUCAGUGGGCUUUAUUAGUUUUUCCGUAUUUUUGUGUCUUGUGUUAAAUAAAUGCUGUUUGUAAAUAGAUGUACAUGUGAUAAAUCUAUUAAUUGCAAUGUAAUAAAUAUAUUUCUUCUGAA